AUGUCACAUCGUAUCCUUUGCGUCGCCUUCUGCGUUUGUUCUCUUGUUGCUGUGAGCUCGAUUUAUAGCCCCCCGUUUAACCAUCCCAUUGUCUACAGUAACAAUGCCAUUUGUUUUCAGCUUUCUACUUGGCGCAUUCCUCAGCUGUAUUUGGCUGUCCUUAUCAGGAGGUUCGACCUGUCGCUGUCGACCAGGGGAGUCAUGUUGGCCGUCACCGUCGGAGUGGGCAGCUCUCAACACCACUCUCAGAGGUCCGGCCUAUCGCUCACAUUUGCCAUGACCCCUUCUAUGAUCACUCUGCUUGUCAAAACUUGCGUGAUCUCGCAAAGGACAGCGGUUGGAGAGCCUCACAGGCCGGGCUGGGUUUGGGAGGUUGGUCGCACUGAAGACGAGACAUGUCAUGCGCAUUCUCCGCGUGGUGCGCCCUGUCAUCAAGGCCGGAUUCCACUGUAUUCGGCGGCAGUUGAGUCUGUUGACCAAAUUCAAGUGGCGGUGAGGUUUGCGCAACGUCAUCGACUGCGCUUGGUUGUUCGCAAUACCGGUCAUGAUACCGCGGGACGAUCGAGUGGCUCCGACUCGUUCCAGAUACAUUGCCAUCGCAUGAAGCAGAUCGAGUAUCAUGACAACUUCCGGGCCCUCGGCUCCGAUAUAGACCGUGGCCCAGCCGUGAGCGUAGGCGCUGGAGUGACUCUGGGGGAGAUGUAUGCAAGAGGUGCCCGUGAUGGAUGGGUGGUCGUCGGGGGGGAGUGUCCUACCGUGGGCGCUGCGGGCGGUUUUCUCCAGGGAGGCGGAGUGUCCAGUUUCCACAGCUUCAUCGACGGUCUGGCUGUAGAUAAUGUCCUCGAAUUUGAGGUCGUGACGGCGAAGGGAGAUGUUGUCGUGGCCAAUGACCACCAGAACCCAGACAUCUUCUGGGCUUUACGGGGAGGGGGUGGAGGCACUUUCGGCAUCGUUACACGUGCUACAAUGAGGGUGCAUCUCAAUAGCCCGGUCUGCGUCUCGGAGGUGGCAGUAUCAGGGCUCCGGAAUAACUCGUUGCUCUGGACAAAAGGGAUCACGGGUCUAUUUUCCAUUCUUCGCUCGUUCAACCAGCAGGGGAUACCGGGCCAGUUUAUUCUUCGACCGCUAUCCAAGGAUCAGGUCAACGCAAGUCUCACACUGUAUUCCCUAAACACAGAUGACACUCGACGAUCGGCCGAGAACAUGCUCUCCAUUCGAAAUAUCCUCGAAUCUACCACCCUUCCCUUCACUCUGGCCUCCAGGUGCCUACCAAAGAUCAGUGACGCGCUCCGAAAAGGACCUGAUAUGCUUCCCGUAAAUUACGGAAUCAUCACCGGCUCCGUUUUGGUGUCAGAGGAUCUCUUCAAUUCGGAGGAAGGACCACUGCAUCUGGCCAAGCAGUUGGAACAUUUCCCGAUGGGACCGAUGGAUCUCCUGUUCACCAGCAACCUCGGCGGAAACGUUUCGGCAAACACCGGAAAGAAGCACAGGGAUACCUCGAUGCAUCCGGGCUGGCGGCAAGCGGCCCACCUCAUCAACUUCGUGCGCAGUGUGAGCACACCCACAGCGCAUGAGAAGGCCAGAAGCUUAGAAGAGCUUCAUAGCGUCCAGAUGCGGCAACUGUACGACAUUGAACCCGACUUCAGAGUGUCGUACAGGAAUUUGGGCGACCCUCUGGAAAGUGAUGCUGCACAGGUCUACUGGGGCCCAAAUUACAAGCGGCUGCUGGAAAUCAAGCGGAAGUGGGACCCUGAGGACCUGUUUUUCUCUCAGCUGGGGGUGGGAAGUGAGGGGUGGACAGAGGACCAAAUGUGUAAGAGACAGCAAAGACUGCAGCAAAUGCUUCAGUAUCUAAUGUCCAGCAUUGCCCAGCGGGUAUACCGCUAA